AGGCCGAAGCUCUGACAGUUCUGCGUUGAGUGUCUGUAAAGGUUGUUAUUGUCUGACAAUGAGCGGAAGAGGCAAAACCAGCGGUAAGGCCAGAGCGAAGGCUAAGACUCGGUCCUCCAGAGCAGGGCUGCAGUUCCCCGUCGGUCGUGUUCACAGGCUCCUCCGCAAAGGUAACUACGGCGAGCGCGUCGGUGCCGGUGCUCCGGUGUAUCUGGCCGCUGUGCUCGAGUAUCUGACGGCUGAGAUCCUGGAGCUGGCUGGAAACGCCGCUCGGGACAACAAGAAGAGCCGUAUCAUCCCCCGUCACCUGCAGCUGGCGGUGCGCAACGACGAGGAGCUGAACAAACUCCUGGGCGGAGUGACCAUCGCUCAGGGCGGCGUGCUGCCCAACAUCCAGGCCGUGCUGCUGCCCAAGAAGACCGAGAAGCCCGCCAAGACCAAGUGAACACAAAACCCCCAAAGGCUCUUUUCAGAGCCACCCACUUUCUCUUGAGGGCGAAUUAAAGAACAUGAAGGUUUUUUUUUUAACCGUUUUCUGAUCAGUAGUUGGGUGCAUUGUAAAGCGGUUUUUUUUCUUAAUGAAUUUGGUCUGUCUCAGCAUUAGAUGUUAAAGUGUUGAUAUGCAAAUAUGGCUGGAAAUAACGUUUUUAUUUUUGUGAUUGUGCUCCGUAUUGAAGUUGGCAAACAUCUGAGCUGGUCACUUCACAUUGGCGUCCAUCACACUGGAUGUCUAGUUUUAUUGGGGCCAAUGCAAAUGUAUUUAAAUCGUGCAGUCCAUGUUAAAAUCAGUAUGACACCAGAGCUGUUACAGUCGCAAUAUGUUUGUUUUGAAACUUCCUCCGAUUACAAUGACAUUAAUGCAUUGUUGCCUUGUCUCCAGCCAAACCAUUUUGUAUAUUUGAUACUCUAGUCAUAUUCUUACAACCUCCACAGCUUAUUAGUGUUUUCUGUUACAUGUUACUGAAACUACCUCGUUUUUCUUCUGUCACGAGAUCGUCUAAUUCAGAUGUAAAAGUCCAUCUAUUCAUCCAGCCUCCAAACCCAUUGCAAGGUUCGCGGUUAUAUUUACUGUAAUACUUGAUCAACGUAAUGCAUCUUUG